AUGUGUACGGGCUUAGUACUUGUGAAUCCCGCUGUGGCAAUAAGUCUGAAUAUUGCUGAUUUCAUGGAAGAAGAUAAGUUGAAUUUAAACAGUCUAAAACUGUACAAAUAUUAUCAAUUCUCAGAAAUUCAUGCUGAAGUGCAGUUGAAGAAUUACGGAAAAUUUCUUGAGGAAUACACAUCUCAGCUGAAGAGAAUUGAAGAUGCUUUGGAUGACUCCGUUGGAGAUGUUUGGGACUUCAGUCUUGAUCCUAUUGCUUUAAAGCUUUUGCCAUAUGAACAGUCGUCCCUACUAGAGCUCAUAAAGACAGAAAACAAGGUUCUAAACAAAGUAAUAACUGUGUAUGCUGCUCUUUGCUGUGAAAUCAAGAAGUUAAAAUAUGAGGCAGAAACUAAAUUUUAUAAUGGCCUCUUGUUUUAUGGAGAAGGAGCCACAGAUUCCAGCAUGGUGGAGGGAGAUUGUCAAAUACAGAUGGGAAGAUUUGUUUCUUUCUUGCAGGAGCUGUCUUGCUUUGUUACCCGGUGUUAUGAAGUGGUGGUGAAUGUAGUGCAUCAGCUGGCUGUUCUCUAUACCAGCAACAAGAAUGCACCUAAAAUUAUAGAGACAUCUGGAGUUCAUUUUCAGGCAAUGUACGAGCAUCUGGGAGAGUUGCUCACAGUCUUAAUCACUCUGGAUGAAAUAAUUGACAAUCAUGUCACUCUGAAAGAUCACUGGACCAUGUAUAAGAGACUGUUAAAAUCUGUCCAUCACAACCCUUCGAAAUUCGGGAUUCAGGAAGACAAACUGAAACCAUUUGAAAAGCUGCUGUUAAAACUGGAAUGCCAGUUACUUGAUGGAAUGAUAUUUCAGGCCUGUAUAGAGCAACAGUUUGAUUCUGUAAACGGCGGAGUGUCAGUGUCGAAGAACAGCACGUUUGCUGAAGAAUUUGCUCAUACUCUUCGCGCAGCUUUUGCAAACGUUGAAGCCAAACUUGGUGAACCUUCAGAAAUUGACCAGAGAGAUAAAUAUGUGGGCAUCUGUGGUCUCUUUGUGCUGCAUUUCCAGAUAUUUCGGACUGUAGACAAGAAAUUUUACAAGUCGUUGUUGGAUGUCUGUAAAAAGGUUCCAGCCAUCACAUUAACUGCUAACAUUAUCUGGUUUCCUGACAACUUUCUGAUUCAGAAGAUACCAGCUGCUGCCAAACUUCUGGACAAGAAAAGUAUUCAUACAGUUAAAAUGCAAAGGGAGAACUUUCUACAGCAGAAGGCACAGACACUUGCCAAAGAUAUGCAGUCGUAUUAUGUUUUUGUGAGCUCGUGGAUGACAAAAAUGGAAUCUAUCUUGUCGAAGGAGCAACGCAUGGAUAAGUUUGCAGAAGAUCUUUCUAACCGCUGCAAUGUCUUCAUCCAGGGUUUUCUUUACGCAUACAGUCUUAGCACCAUCAUUAAAACUACAAUGAAUCUCUACAUGUCGAUGCAAAAACCUAUGACCAAAACCUCAGUGAAGGCUCUGUGCAGACUUGUAGAACUUCUGAAGGCAAUAGAACACAUGUUUUACCGAAGAAGUGUGGUUGUGGCAGAUUCUGUGACACACAUUGCUCAGCAUCUGCAGUAUCAGGCUCUUCACUCUAUUUCUGUAGCCAAGAAAAGAGUCAUUUCUGAUAAAAAGUACAGUGAGCAACGCCUGGAUGUCCUCUCUGCUUUGGUGCUGGCUGAGAACACCCUCCAUGGACCGAGUACAAAACAGAGGCGACUAAUUGUUUCUCUUGCACUAAGCGUGGGGACACAGAUGAAAACUUUUAAAGAUGAAGAACUCAUUCCCCUUCAGUUAGUAUUGAAAAAACUAGACUUGAUCAGUGAACUUACAGAGCGAGUUCGAGCACAAUGUGACUGUUGUUUCUUAUACUGGCACCGAGCAGUCUUUCCAAUCUAUUUAGAUGAUGUGUAUGAAAAUGCAGUUGAUUCUGCUAGACUGCAUUAUAUGUUUAGUGCACUACGGGACUGUGUACCUGCUAUGAUGCAUGCAAGACACUUGGAAUCUUACGAGGUGCUUCUGGAAUGCUAUGACAAAGAAAUCAUGGAAGUACUCAAUGAGCACUUGUUGGACAAAUUAUGUAAAGAGAUAGAAAAAGACCUGCGCUUAUCAGUUCAUACACACCUAAAGCUGGAUGACAGAAACCCCUUCAGAGUUGGUAUGAAGGAUCUAGCUCACUUCUUCUUUCUCAACCCAAUACGUUUUUUCAAUCGAUUCAUCGACAUAAAAGCUUAUGUAACUCACUAUUUGGACAAGACAUUCUACAACUUAACGACUGUAGCUCUUCAUGACUGGGCCACCUACAGUGAAAUGAGAAACCUUGCAACUCAGCGCUACGGUUUGAGUAUGACUGAAGCACAUCUUCCCAGCCAGACUCUGGAACAGGGUCUGGAUGUUUUGGAAAUCAUGAGAAAUAUUCAUGUCUUUGUAUCCCGCUACCUCUACAAUCUAAAUAAUCAGAUCUUCAUUGAAAGAACAAGUAAUAACAAACACUUGAACACUAUCAAUAUCCGACACAUUGCUAAUUCGAUUCGAACUCAUGGAACAGGAAUAAUGAACACAACA